UUAAGGGCUAUUCACGCUAAAUAAAACACCCAUCUAUUGCCUCGUUGGUUCUUGAAUUUACCCUUAGAAAUGUUGCUCAUUCCAGGCGACGGCAGCGAUUUUAUACAACUGUUUUUAAAAACUCCGAGACGCGUAAAAGGCGAAUUUUUAUUACGCACAGUACGGUGUUGUAACCUUAAAACUUCCUUCACUUUGUACGUUGUGCAGAACAAUAAACUUUGAGCUUUCACCGACGUCAUUACACACAGUGUCAAUACAUUCUAUAGGUAAGUUUAUGACGAAAGAACAAUUGUACAAUACUGACGUCUAACAGAAGCUUGCGAAGAGCAGGUUAGCAAGUCAAUAUAAACACUCACACAAAAAAUAUUUUAAAUUCAUACCGACUCUAAAGCUAUUCAAUCUCUUGCCAGAAUUUGCAAAUAUUCAUGUUUUUUUUUCUUAUUUUUCUUGACGCACACGUACUCUCUUUUUUUUUUUCAUUGCUGAAGACGUAAUACCAUACAACAAAACGAGGUUCUUAACUUCUAAUUUGCGGGCACUGGCUUUUAUCUCCUGAGGACCUGUGGCUUUCAUAUCUCCGAGUAGAAGCAGCGACUCGAAAAGUCGUUGUCAGAAAGAGAAAGCGGAAUCUUGAUGGUGUUACUAAUGAACGGUUGUGUUUGCGCAGUCACACAGGGAGAGAGAAGCACACACAAGCCGACGCAUUGUGAACCAACAAUUUUCUUCUUCCUAAUUAAAACCCUGGACACUUAAACGGAACAAAGCAGUUUGGCUCCGCCUUUAUUUUUCUAGCAAUGCAAAAAAAAAAAAGAGGGUUUUGUUGAACCGCGGUGCCAUCCCUUUAAAAUCGAGAACCACACAAGAUAAAAGCAGCCAGUGGCGACCAGCCCUGUCUCUUUAAAUUGGUGUUAAAGCCGAUUAAAGCAGAUUUCACUCGUGAUUCUGUUUUACCGUCUGUUCGGUGGAUGCUAAUAUACAGUAAAUAUAUGUAAUAUUCCCUGUUGCGUUUAGCUUCGACCUUCUUUUAAUUCCAGUUUGUUUCCUUCACUCUUAUCUGUGGGUUUGGCUUAAUUGUGCCUAUUUUGUCAACGAAGCAGUCAUGGAUUGGUCCCGUUACUCCUCCGGAUAGAUCCUCGCCUGGGCUGAUUUGGAUAUGGCUUGUGGCGCGGCUCUCUCCCGCAAACUUUUCCGUGCGCCUUGGUGAGCUUGGGGUUCUCUUGCACGUCAAUGCGCCCCUUUUCACCCUUCUCGCUCCGACGACGGGGGAAAGUUGAAGGCUAUGGUGUCGAGGGAACGGCGCUUUUAAUCGGGGUGGAAAAUGCAGAAGACGGUUCGAUACAAUGAAGGGCACGCUUUAUACCUCUCCGUGGUUGCGCGCAAAGAGGGGACCAAGCGCGGCUACCUCAGCAAGAAGACGGCGGAGAACAGUCGGUGGCACGAAAAGUAUUUCGCUCUCUACCAAAAUGUCCUCUUUUACUUCGAGAACGAGCAGAGCGCCAGACCUGCUGGGAUCUAUUUGUUAGAGGGAUGCACGUGCGAGAGGGUGCCUGCGCCGAAAAUGUCCGCGGCGGGCAAGGAAACUCUGGACAAACAGCACUAUUUCACCAUCACCUUCGGCCAUGAUGGGCAGAAGCCCCUGGAGCUGCGGACCGAGGAGGAAACCGAUUGUGAGGAGUGGGUGGAAGCCAUUCAGCAGGCAAGUUAUUCUGACAUCAUCAUUGAGAGGGAGGUGCUGAUGCAGAAGUACAUCCAUCUGGUGCAGAUCGUGGAGACAGAGAAGGUGGCGGCAAAUCAGCUCAGACACCAGCUGGAGGACCAGGACACCGAGAUAGAGAGGCUGAAAGCGGAGAUCAUUGCCCUUAAUAAAACAAAGGAGAGGAUGAGGCCCUACCAGGGGAAUCAAGAGGAAGAAGAUCCUGACAUCAAGAAGAUUAAAAAGGUGCAGAGCUUCAUGCGCGGCUGGCUGUGCAGGAGGAAGUGGAAGACCAUUGUUCAGGACUAUAUCUGCUCUCCCCACGCAGAGAGCAUGAGGAAGCGCAACCAGAUCGUCUUCAACAUGGUGGAGGCCGAGACCGAGUACGUCCACCAGCUCUACGUCCUGGUCAACUGCUUCCUGCGGCCCCUGCGCAUGGCGGCCAGCUCGAAGAAGCCGCCCAUCAGCCACGACGAUGUCAGCAGCAUCUUCCUCAAUAGUGAGACUAUAAUGUUUCUUCAUGAAAUAUUUCACCAAGGCCUGAAGGCACGAAUUGCAAACUGGCCGACCCUAGUUUUAGCUGAUCUGUUUGACAUUUUAUUGCCCAUGCUGAACAUUUACCAGGAGUUCGUGCGCAAUCACCAGUACAGCCUGCAGGUGUUGGCGAACUGCAAGCAGAACCGGGACUUUGACAAGCUGCUGAAGCAGUACGAGGCCAACGCCGCCUGUGAGGGCAGAAUGCUCGAGACUUUCCUCACCUACCCCAUGUUCCAGAUACCAAGGUAUAUUAUAACUCUCCAUGAGCUCCUGGCUCACACGCCGCACGAACACGUGGAGAGGAAGAGCCUGGAGUUUGCCAAAUCCAAACUGGAGGAGCUGUCCAGGGUCAUGCACGACGAAGUGAGUGACACUGAGAACAUCCGCAAGAACCUGGCCAUCGAGAGGAUGAUCGUGGAAGGGUGCGACAUACUGCUCGACACCAGCCAAACGUUUGUUCGGCAAGGCUCGCUCAUCCAGCUGCCCUCUGUGGAACGGGGGAAGCUCAGCAAAGUACGCCUGGGGUCCCUGUCCCUCAAGAAGGAAGGAGAAAGGCAGUGCUUCCUGUUCACCAAGCACUUCCUCAUCUGCACCAGAAGCUCUGGAGGCAAGCUGCACCUUCUAAAGCAAGGCGGAGUCCUGUCUCUCAUUGAAUGCACGCUGAUUGAGGAGCCAGAUGCCAGUGACGAAGACUCCAAAGGCACCGGCCAAGUCUUCGGGCACCUUGACUUCAAGAUUGUGGUGGAGCCCCCGGACGCCCCCUCGUCCACGGUGGUGCUGCUGGCGCCGUCGAGGCAGGAGAAGGCAGCGUGGACUAGUGACAUCAGCCAGUGCAUCGACAACAUCCGCUGUAAUGGCCUGAUGACCAGCGUGUUUGAAGAAAACUCCAAAGUUACUGUGCCUCACAUGAUCAAAUCCGAUGCUCGUCUCCAUAAAGAUGAUGUUGACAUUUGCUUCAGCAAGACGCUCAACUCCUGCAAGGUUCCCCAGAUCCGCUAUGCCAGCGUGGAGCGGCUGCUGGAGAGGCUGACCGACCUGCGCUUCCUCUCCAUCGACUUCCUCAACACCUUCCUGCACACUUACCGCAUCUUCACCACCGCCGCCGUGGUCAUGGACAAGCUGGCCGACAUCUACAAGAAGCCCUUCACCUCCAUCCCCGUCAGGGUCCAGUACCACUCGUCUGACCGUUUGUCCAUUACCUCCAUCUGUCCCGACUACAGCUUGAAGAUCACAAGACUAGCUCUGGACCAAUCAAAGUCCCUGGAAUUGUUCUUCGCCACCAACCAGAACAGCCGGGGCGGCGAGCACGCGGCCGACGGCAAGUCCCCGCGGCUCUGCCGCAAGUUCUCCUCGCCCCCGCCCCUGUCGGCGUCCCGCACCUCCUCCCCGGUGCGCGCGCGGAAGCUGUCCCUCAACUCGCCUGUCGGCUGCAAGGCGGGCGCCCUGGACCUCUCCACGUCCUCCGCCGCCAGCAGCCCCACCUCCACCCACACGCCCAGCGUGUCCCCGCCGCCCGCCGCCUCCAAGGCCCCCCUGGACCUGAGCCGCGGGCCCUCCUCGCCCGAGCAGAGCCCCGGCGCCGGCGAGGACGGCGGCUCCGAGCCGGCCCGGAUGGAUGUCUGUGGGAAACUGCGCCGGAGCAUCCGCCGAGGUAGGCAAGCCGUGCUGGAAUCGGCGUCGCUGGACAAGUUCAUCCCCGAGAGCCCCCCGGCGGCAGAGCCCGGAGAGAUCUCCCCCUGCCGCUCCCCCUCCACCCCCAGACACAUGCGAUACCGCCAAUCCGGAGUCCAGUCGGCGGAGAACACACGGUGUUCGGUGUCUCCUGCGUCUGCUUUCGCCAUUGCCACAGCUGCAGCUGGACACAGCAGCCCUCCAGGGUUUAACAACUCCGAAAGGAUGUGUGAUAAAGAGUUCAUCAUCCGCAGAGCUGCUACUAAUAGGGUUCUCAAUGUUUUACGGCACUGGGUGUCCAAACAUUCACAGGAUUUCGAGAUGAAUGGGGAGUUGAAAAUGGGAGUGAUCUGCUUGCUGGAAGAAGUACUUCGUGACCCUGAUCUCUUGCCUCAAGAAAGGAAAGCAACAGCUAACAUACUAAGUGCCCUUUCUCAAGAUGACCAAGAGGAUGCCCAGCUAAGGAUAGAAGACAUCCUUCAAAUGAAAAGCUGCCCCUUCCUGUACUUCAUCAUGGCGGAGUGCCCGAAGGCCGAGUGUUUCGAGACCCUGUCAGCCAUGGAGCUUGCUGAGCAGAUCACUCUGCUGGACCACAUCGUAUUCAGGAGCAUUCCCUACGAGGAGUUUCUUGGCCAAGGGUGGAUGAAGGUAGAUAAGAUGGAAAGAACCCCUUACAUCAUGAAGACAAGUCAGCACUUUAAUGAUAUGAGCAACUUGGUCGCCUCCCAGAUCAUGAGCCACACGGACGUGGGCUCGCGGGCCAACUCCAUUGAGAAGUGGGUAGCAGUGGGCGACAUCUGCCGCUGCCUGCACAACUACAAUGGGGUGCUGGAGAUCAUCUCCGCCCUCAACCGCAGCGCCAUCUACAGGCUGAAGAAGACAUGGGCCAAGGUGUCUAAACAGACCAAAGCGCUGAUGGACAAGCUACAGAAGACGGUGUCAUCAGAAGGCAGAUUUAAAAACCUAAGAGAAACACUUAAAAACUGUAACCCUCCCUGUGUUCCGUACCUGGGGAUGUAUUUAACAGACCUGGCAUUUAUUGAAGAGGGGACCCCCAACUUUACUGAAGAGGGCCUGGUUAACUUCUCCAAGAUGAGGAUGAUAUCCCAUAUCAUUCGGGAGAUUCGUCAGUUCCAGCAGACCCCCUACAGAAUAGAGCACCAACCAAAGGUUACUCAGUUCUUACUUGACAAGACCCUCACCAUGGAUGAAGACACCCUUUACGACUUGUCCUUGAAGAUCGAACCCAGGCUGCCGGCAUGAUGGCCCACCACGCCCGCAACGUCAGAAAGGAGGGAGAGCAGCAGCUGGCGCACAGGCGUGCCCUUGAACUGACAGGAGCGGAGUGAAUCAGGCAGAGCUAUCAUGAAUGAGCGAGGGGCGCGGUAAGAGAGGAAGGGGGCAAGUCAUAGACUAGCGAGCUGGAGAGGGGAUUCUUGCCAGAGGUAAGAGCCCCAUGUUAGCAGGAGGUGAGCAACACUUACAGUCGAGAUAUUUGUUACUGGAUGCACUGUUUUGUCCAGGAUGGACGUGACUGUUAAGUUUGGAUCAAAGGGAAAAAAGGGCUUGUGUGGGUCUUGUAGAAGCACUAGAGAGGGCAUCAUAGCUAUCUUUCCUUUUCCGAACAUGAAGGGGCAGACAGAAGGCAUGCGUGGAGGAGUAAUGUAGCAUGUAAAAACACAUAAAUAUGAGUACUUCAUGGUUUUCACCCUCAGAUCCUGAGACUGCAGAGUUGCAGAAGUCAGCAGGCUCAGAUCCAGUUCCGCACCAGACGGGAUAAAGUAUUUUCUUCAAUCUUACGAGGUCUGGAUUACCAGCUCCUAAUCCGAUCUGAGAAACCCAGGUUGUGGCUGCACAAGCAGAAAUUGAAAAGCCUGAAAGAAAGCGGUGGCAGUUGUGAAUAUUGCUACUCUGAGCUUAGUCCCAGUUCCCUGAUAGUCUAUUCUGCAUUCUCCUGUUCCGUGGUUACGUUUAGGAUUGUUAGCUAUUGCGUCACCAGAAAGGUUGACUAAUAAUUUAAAGGGUUUGUGUCAAAGGCAUCUUCCAUUGUGAAAUUUAAAAGUUGAAUCAAAACAGACUAGAUUGUCUGUACAGUACGUUAGAAGUUUCUGUUAAAUUUGCACUGUAUUAUACAUAUAUUUAAUUUUUAUCAGCAAGAAAUUACAUUCUUUAACAGAGAACUUUGCUCCAAGAAUGGCUAUGCCGCAUCCUAGUGUAGCUUUAUGUUACAAUAUUUCCAAUAAAAACAGAGGAUUUGUAAACUGCUUUUGCGUCCCACAGCCCUUCACAAGCAGGAGAAGACUCGCUUGUUUGUUCCUUCCUCCCUGAACUGCAGACAUGCUGGAGUAACACAUUUUACACGACAGCUUUCUCCACAGUGGAGAGAAGACGGAGGAUAACGGAUAAAGUCUGUAGGGAGGGAAAAGAUGAAGGAAAUACCUAUCCCUUUCCUCCACAAUCUCACCUCUUCCUUUUCUCAAAUAACCCAUCAGUCAGAAUCAUAGUGUAGUGUGUGAGAAACUCGGUGAGGUGCAAAAGAGCAUAAGACAUGUUAUGAACAAGAGGAGGAGGUUGGGUGACCCAUCCAGCUUGUUUGGUAGUUGGGAGGCUGAUUGAUCCCAGAGUCUCAUCCCGCUGUUUCUGGAGAGAAAAGCAGGGUCUGGGCUAUAUGGCUUAGUAUACCUGGGUAGCUUCAUCUACAGUAGCUCCCCACCACCCAAAAAAUUGUGUUUUGAGGUUAUGGGAGAUUAUUACUCCUUUCAUCUUUCCUGUACCUUUCCUGAACCCACUUCAGGAAACACUACAAGGAUCACAGAGAGGCAACAGACUUAAACGACAGGGGCACUGGGUUUGGUCAGGAAGAGGCUACAGAGGGAGCUGUAGGAGAGUAGGGGUGGGAGAGUAAAAAUGAGUAAAUAUUAACACAAGCUGAUAACAAUUCUCUGUGAACAAAAGUACUUCUCAUCUCCUUGCCCAUUCUCUAAAUAGUUACUUAAGGGCCUUUCAUAUGAAAACUCAGAUGCAGCAACAUUCUUUGGUAUAGAAUUAUAAAAAAAAAACUCAUAGCAGACAAUUCCACUUUUCCAAAUUUGUUAGGACAUUUUUAAAAUACUGCAAUGUGGCAUGUGCUUUUCCUUAAACAAACCUCAUCUUUUAUUUAAGAUUCCCGGGUAUUUCCAAGUCAUUUCUUGCAUUGCUUUGUAAUAUCCAGUUUGAACUCAGCGCGGUGCUAAUGACAUUUCACAGUCUUGCCCUUUCUGUAAAUGCUACGAUGUCACCCACAAUCCAGGGCUGCCUUCCUGACAGAGAAUGCAAAUAGGAAGGCAAAUAGGAAUUUGUGUAACCUUUGCAUCUUCUAAGGGAGCUAAGACUACAAGCUAUGAAGCAGAAUAAAUCAUAAUCUAAGCAGGCUAAACUAAAAUAGGCACUGCUUUUAAGCAUGUUCCUUUAGAUUUUUCACCUGAAAGUUUCUUUGAUGGUAUUCUCAAGAUUUGUAUGAGAAACAGUAGUUAACAGGUGAACACACAAGUGAAUUUACUCUAUUUAUAUACUGGAACAGGAUUGUUCGUUUUGAAUUGUGUUGCUUUGUGCUACAGGUAGCUGCAUUGAAAUAGGUCCUGUGUGCAUGCUUUACAUUUUUCUCAGCAUGCAGUGUGUAGAUAAAUAAGUAAUGGUUUGAGCAGUAAAUAUUUAAUCACCCCCAUCUAAAUUUUUAUUUAAGCUUUGAGUGCUAAAAUCCAGCUAGCUGUGUAAGAAAUUCUAAGGUGAGAGGAGGAGAGAUUAUUGUAUUUCAUUUCAUACAGACAUGCAACAUUUAAAUCUCUCAGAGAGCUAAAGUCAUUACUUUUACAGUAGUCGAUACAAUGGAUUGUUUACAGUAUGUCGAUUAUGUUCCUAAAAAAAGUACAGAAUAAAGCCAUCAAUGAGUAUGUGUUCUACUGUUGCUCUGUAUUGUGAACAAAGAUUUGCUCAGCGAGCAUGCAAGAAGAGAUUAAAAAUUGUUUGCCGGUAAUAUUUCUGAAUGGAGGGAAAUGGAAAUGAGUAAAUAAAAAGUGAAGUUUGGUUUUAUACAUAUUAAAUUUUAAACAAAUCACAUGGCACACUUGCAUUUCUUUAUAGCAACUUAAGUGUUCUGUAAAGGAUGUGCAAACAUUUGUCAGACAUUUGAUUUCAUUUAUGCAGGAGAACAGUUCCAAAAUCUGCUCAAAAAAUCGCAAUGGUGAGGAAAAGCGAUUCUAACAUUAGUACUGUAUGCUCAGCCUCUCUCUUUUUAAAGGCGUUUAAUCACGGCAGGAUUGAAAGUACAGCUCGUGACUGAAGCUUCAUGAACUGUGCGCUCGCGGGCAGGCAGUGAUCACUGUGUGCUGCAUUUCCACGGGCUUGUCUCUCUGGCGUCUUUUCGCAUCAGUUCUGACGAGUGAAGCACAAGAUGCAGGAACACUCCCUUUGUCUGAAAAUCGCUUGCACGCGUUGCAGUGUGUGGAAAAGUGAUUCCUGCUCAGACCCAGUCACAUAGUGAACGUCCACGUGCUAUAUUUGUGUGACACACACCAGUGCCUGGACCGGAACAUGGAAAAAAAUAAUAUUCUCCAUCGAGCCAGUGGCUCCCCCUGGUGUCUUCAUCCCUGAACUAAUCUCGUCUGUCGGUUUCCCAUUCUCUCCGUUAUUAAGUGCAGUAGUCAUCAGCACACCAUACUGAAAGCUUCAAAAGAAGGAUUCAUUCUGCAGCUCAGUUUUUUUUUUGUUAUGGUGAAGUUGAAUGCAUUUGCUUUCGGGCCACUUUUUUUUCCCCAUUCCUUUCUUUCUUAAAACUGCCCAGAUUAAUUAUGUUUAUGCAGGGAGCAAGUGACCCAUUUUCUCCAAGCAUCUAUCUAAGACAACAGAUGAAAAGAAAAGCUCUGAAUCUUUAUUUAACGUCUUUCAACAUUAUACAGAGGAACAGAGGCGCACAGAAAAUCACUGCUCGGUGUUUUCUUUAAAUACACCCCUGAGGUUUAGUUCUGUGGAAAUCUGUCUUACUCUUACAUGAAUCAUCCUCCAAGUGGUUUUCCACUGGUACUAAGCAUGUUUUGACAAAUAAUGGAUAUGCUGCUAUUGAUCUAAAAUAUUAUCCCAUGUCAGUAACUAUUUUUAUAGUAUACAGUAUAUGUAUCAAUGUAUUUAUUUUUAAUAUAGAUAGAUGGAUAUUCUAUUUGAAUGCUUCAGACAUUUUUAUUCAGGAUUAGCUGCUCUGAGUGUGUAUAAUCCUCUUGUCUUAAUGCAGUUUAGCUUUAACAGUUGGUUUCACAUUCUAGUGACCACAUUCUAAUAAAUAAACUCAAAACACAAGAGCAUCUUUGAGGGAGCCUGGUCAAUACCAUGUACUUAGCUAUUUAGCUUAUUACAUUGAGACUUUUUAUUUUAGAAAAGCACCGAAUUCUUGUAUAUUAAGCCAGGAGUUGCUACUUAAGAGAAGUUAAAAAGAAGUCCGCUUUGAUAUACUGUAUGAACAAUUUCUGUAGUAUGACAUGUUUUCCUUAUGCCUUUCAAAGUGUAGAGUUAAUGUCACCAUUGAAAGUGGUUUGCUUAAUACCUAUUCAUUGAUAUAGUGGGUUACACUAUCUUGCUACAGAACCCUUAACAUAUAAUACCAUCAUGUGACCUUCAGAUUUCGGUCUCUGAAAUAAGAGAUAUUGAGGACCAAAGUAGACUUUCUUUGUAUUGUAGCAAGGUAUUAUUCCUUCAGAGUGCAAACACCUUCUGUUUUGCUGUGUGCUCCAGGUGAAAGUAGAGGAAAAUCACACAGGAGUUCAAAUGAAAAGACAUAUUGUAGCUCUUCCAUGCAAAGUGAAAAGAAAGCACUUAAUAAGGUCUGAAGAAAGGGAGAGCAGUAACAUCGUUAGAAAGUAGUUAGAAAGCCUCACUCUCAGCUGUAAAACUUUGCUUGUGUUGCCAGCUCUGUGUGUCUUUGUGUUUAUUUUGUCAGAUAUUUAUUUGAUCCUCUUUGUAUAUAGCGUGUCUAAGAAUUGUAUUGUAUAGCAUUGUUAUUUAAAGUUUUUGAAUUGUUCUGCUGUGACAUAUUUCAUCCGUUUUAUUUUGAUUUUGUUUUGUAAGCUAUGGUAGACUUGGAUGUUUCACUGCGCAAAAAAAAAUUGAAAAAAAUGUAGCAAGUUGAUAUGAGAAACCUUUUUUGAUACAUUUUAAACAGCCAGAUACCACACUGUGUUAAUUGACAAGUGCACAGACAAGCAUGUUGUGCAUGUUCUUGACUGAUAACAGCUAAACUGGGCAUCUGCUUUGUACAUUAUUGUAUAAAAUCCUGUUCUUUUGCCCAUUAACUAAACAGAGAAUGUACAGCUACUCUUAUUUCAUGCCUAUAUGUAAAAUAAAAGUAUUUCAAGUGA